AUGCCACACAGUGUACCUGGACAGUCAAAACUCAAGACCAUCCUGGCUCUUCUGCUGGCGAGAUCAAAGAUGAAGUCGACUGGUCUGGAGGACAUCAGCACCGAGUUGGCUUCAGCAACCGGGAUAAUCUUUGCUGGUACGAAUGGGUCCGAAUCAGGACAGGAAGGUGAAGAGGCAAAGUGGAAGCGGCAGACCGGCGCGAGGGAUGCGCAUCACGGUGCACGUGCAGUAGGUCAGUCAAAUGGAAACGAUGUUCAAGACAGCAAGAAGGAGAACGAGGAUCAAGAGCUUCUCAAACGCUACUCGCCGCAGGAGAUUGCACUUCUCCGAGCAUUACAACACGAGAAGAAGUAUCGUCAGGGUCUUCGAGCAAACGAUGGCAAACGCAAAAGUCCACAGACUCACAACAGGUCCACCAUUGCCAUUGAUGUGGCGGAUCAGUUCACUCCCGAUAACUGGCUACCUAGGUCUGGCCAUCUCAUCCGACUGACGAGCAAUCACCCGCUGAAUGCUGAGCCAGAGCUGAGUCUGCUCUAUCAAGCCGGCCUGAUCACGCCUAACGAACUCCAUUGCGUGCGCAACCAUGGCGCUGUGCCACGCCUAUACUGGAAUACUCACAAGCUGGAUAUUGAAGAUGGGAAAUUGGUCCUCUCCAUGUCUGACUGGACGAAAAGAUUCGAGAGCAUCAACAUCCCGGUAUGUAUUGCCUGCGACGGUAACCGCCGAAAGGAGAUGAAUUUAGUCCGCAAGUCAAAGGGCUUCAACUGGAGCGUAGGAGCAGGCGGCUGUGCCUAUCGGAAGGGCGUACCCUUGUGUGAUGUUCUCGCUGCGGCUGGCGUUCGAGCGGAUGGGCAGCGUUGGGUCAAUUUUGAAGGUGCGGACGAACCAUCUGAAGGAAAGUAUGCCACCUUCAUCCCCCUUGCGUACGCUAUGGAUCGGACCAACGACGUGCUUCUGGCGUACGAAAUGAACGACCUCCCACUGCCGCCAGACCAUGGAUACCCGCUUCGGCUGGUCAUUCCAGGCUACAUCUGGGUCUCAGAGACUGAGAACACAAGCCACUACCACAUAUGGGACAACAGAGUACUCCCUUCGUUCAUCACCGAGAAGGACAGCAGCUUCGCAGAGACUAUGUUCUCUCACCCCGACACCGCUUGCAACGAACAGAACCUCAACUCAGUCAUCGUCAAGCCAUCUCAAGGAGAGAGGUUAAGUCUCGCACAAGCCAAGGUCGGGCAGUCAUACCGCAUCGAAGGGUAUGCCUACGACGGAGGCGGCAAGGAAGUCGAACAUGUCGAAAAGUUCUGGAUCUGGCUGUCCUGGCAUGUCGAUGUCUCUAUAGUGCAUCUGCUUCAGGCCAAGACUAUCACAGUCCGAGCAUGGAACGUCUUCAAGAACACUCAGCCGGAGCAUCUGAACUGGAACAUCAUGGGCAUGAUGAACAAUUGCUGGUACAAAGUGAAGACCGGGAUCGAUUGCACGGAUGGCGCAGGUCCGUUUGUCUUGUUCCGUCAUCCUUGCGAGCCCACGGGGAACGGCGGAUGGAUGAAGACGAGCGUUGAGAACCAGAUCCAGAGCGCGAAGCAAGAAGCCGGCGCACCGACGAAGCAGUUCACUCGGCAGGAGGUUGAGAAGCAUGACAAGGAAGACGAUUGCUGGCUUGUUGUUGACGGGAAAGUGUACGAUGCUACUUCAGUCUUGUGCUGGCAUCCUGGAGGCAAAGCCUCGAUACUUGGACGCGCUGGUAGGGUGCAUCACGAUACUACAGACCAGUUCGCAGCUAUUCAUGACGAUUUUGCCUACAAGAACCUGCACGAGUGCGCCCUGGGUGUCGUCACUGAGAAGGCGGCGAACUUCAUUAAGGCCGAAGCUGAAGAGACUCGCGAACAGGAAGGCGAAGGAGAAAUCUGCAGGAGAUCACGUGGUGUUGCGGAAGAAGCGGUGGGUGCCAGUGACUCUAACGGCUGA